AAUUCAAAUUAAUUAUUGGGAAGAAAAAAAUAAAUUCCAACUUCGAAGAGCAGGAAGCAAGUAAAGACCUCGGAUAGGGUUUUCUUUCGGCGUUGGGGGCUUACCAUUGUUAUAAUCCUUGUUCCAUACCUAUAUAUAUAAAUAAUAUUUAAAGCUACUUAAUUUCAUUUUAUGUGGUGAAGCCAUGUCAAUGGAUCUCAGUGAUUUUACUAUUGUCAAGGAAGGAGAGGCUGAGAUUUUGAUGCACGCUAAGAAUGAAGUCUUUUACAAUAAAUCCCAGGUUAACAACAGGGACAUUUCCAUUGCUGUCUUAAGGACUUUUAUAGCCAAACAAAAAGAAGAACGUGAAGCAAAGUUGUCAAAAAGAAGGAAAGCAGUGACAAAGGUUCCUGAAAAGGAUGCUUCAGAACAUGUUCCAGAAGAGGCACGUAAUGGAUCUGCUGGAAAUGGUGGGGUGUCCAAUGGAGAUUGUGAAAUGCAAGAAAAGGCCCAUGAUGAAGAAGAUGAAGCUUGUGCUGUUUCAGAAGAGGUGGUUAAGGCUACAGAGGGAAAAGGACCAGUAGUAGUGAAGGCCCCAAAAGUUCUCGAGGCUCUCUCAGCUUCGGGUUUAAGAGCUCUAAGAUAUGCCCGGGAAGUGGAGGGUAUUGGUCAAGUUGUGGCUCUUGACAACGAUAAAGUGUCAGUGGAAGCUUGUAGGAGGAACAUAAAGUUCAAUGGUUCAGUGGCUUGUAAAAAGGUGGAAUCACAUCUUGCUGAUGCUCGUGUGUACAUGCUCACCCACCCCAGUGAAUUCGAUGUGGUUGAUCUUGAUCCUUAUGGUUCACCUUCUGUAUUCUUAGACUCUGCAGUUCAGUCAGUUGUUGAUGGAGGCCUGCUGAUGUGUACAGCAACUGAUAUGGCAGUGCUUUGUGGGGGAAAUGGGGAGGUUUGCUACUCAAAAUAUGGUUCCUAUCCAUUGAGAGGGAAAUAUUGCCAUGAAAUGGCCUUGAGGAUCCUCCUAGCCAGCAUUGAGAGUCAUGCCAAUCGGUAUAAGCGAUAUAUAGUUCCUGUGUUAUCAGUUCAGAUGAACUUCUACAUUCGAGUAUUCGUCCGUGUCUACUCCUCUGCAAGUGCAAUGAAGAACACUCCUCUCAAGCUCUCAUAUGUUUAUCAGUGCACUGGCUGUGAUUCUUUUCAUCUACAGCCCAUUGGAAGGACAAUGUCCAAGAGCAACAACAACUUAAGAUAUCUACCUGGUUAUGGUCCUGUUGUUCCACAAGAGUGUAGUGACUGCGGGAAGAAAUUCAAUAUGGGAGGCCCUAUAUGGUCUGCUCCCAUCCAUGAUCAAGAAUGGGUUGCUUCUAUACUAGCAGGUGUGAAAUCUAUGAAGGAUAGAUAUCCUGCCUAUGACCGGAUUUCUGCCAUCCUAACAACAAUCUCAGAGGAGUUGCCUGAUGUUCCUUUGUUCUUGAGUUUGCACAACCUCUGUGCCACUCUAAAGUGCACUUCUCCUUCUGCUGUGAUGUUCAGAUCUGCUGUGAUCAAUGCUGGAUAUCGCAUUUCAGGGACCCAUGUAAAUCCAUUGGGAUUGAAGUCAGAUGCUCCCAUGGAUGUCAUUUGGGACAUUAUGCGGUGUUGGGUCAAAAACCAUCCAGUCAAAGCUCAACCACCAGAGCAACCCGGAAGUGUGAUACUUUCAAAAGAACCAGUUCUUCAAGCUAAUUUUGCGCGAGCCGUUGCCUCUCUAAGCAAAGCACAGGCCAAGAAGAUUGCUCGCUUCCUUCCAAAUCCUGAGAGGCAUUGGGGUCCUAAGCUUAGGGCUGGACGUCAAAUCACCUCCAAACAUAUUUCCCUUUUAGGGGCAGAUGUGGUGAAUAACCUUCUUAACCAGGAAGAUGGCGAACAACACGAUACCAAGAAUAACCUUAACCAUGAAGAUGGUGAACAACACGAUGCCAAGAAUAACCUUCUUAACCACGAAGAUGGUGAACAACACGAUGCCAAGAGUAACCUUCUUAACCACGAAGAUGGUGAACAACAUGAUGCCAAGCGUCAAAAGACAGAAGAAAAAGUAGAAGAAGAAAAUCAUGAGCCAGCGUCUUGAAAGAAAGUAGCGAGCGUGAUGGGGUGAGUGGUCUUGUGUCUCAAACUUGUUGCUCUAUGGUUCACUUUAUGUGCAAGAAUUGCUAUUGAUAGUUGGAGCAACGUAUUAGAGAAUUAGAAUUUUACAAAAAUUUUGAUUAUGGAACGUUUUAAAUUAUUUCAUUUUAAGUUCUAAAUUUGUUCAACUCUCACUACAUAUAGCAUGCAUAGUGAAGUGAGACAUAAAUAACGUCUAUUGAUUUUGUGAAAUUGGCCGUUAUUUUGUUUGGUAUAUUUAAUAAUCUUCUCCCUUA